AUGGAAGAGAAAAGUAAUAACGCAUUUCCAAUAGUCGCUUCACUGUCAAUUCCAGCAAUUUCAUCUGCUAUGGAUUUUGAUCCACCUCAGCCUCUCUCCCCUGAUAUUUCCCUUUCAGUCCCAACUUUUGAAGAGCAGCCAGCACUCGAAAAAACAAUUCCAGCUCCUCCUAUAAUUCGCAGACAGUCUCGAAAUCUUACCGGCAUAACAGACAGAUCCAACCAGAAGCUCUCUCAGCUUCUAGCUCAGCUUGAAGCAAGCGUAAUUUUAGCUUUCAAUAAGCUCGUCAGAAGUAACUCCAACAUCAAGCAAGAUUUUGAGGCUGUAAUUGACGAAGGGAAAAACCUCAUGCCCAGUUCUCCAUCAUCAGUUUUGCUGACCGAAUAUGGGCUUGACCUUUGCAAUAUCCUUGAUAAAAUAAUUCAGGAAAGCUACAAUUUAGACGAUGUCUAUCAAUCUCUGCAAACGAUAAAAGAUUUGCAAUUGGCCAAUCAAAAGAAGUCGGAAGAAAAUGCUAAUAAGCUUGAUAUGAUUUGCUCACUCCCCCCCUCCGUGAGUGAACAAAAAAAUUUUGUUUCACUCACGAAGGGGGGUUAAUUUUUUUUUUUAAAAAAAAUUUUUAUAUAUAAAUUUUAUAGAAAAUUUUUUUUUCUUCGAAAUUUAAAAAAUCCUAAUUUGCAAAAAUUGGGAAGCAAAUAUUAAUUUAAUUUAUAAAAUUUAUAUUUAAAACGCAAUUUGUUUAAAAUUAAACAGAAUAAGCUCUAUAUUUCAUUAUACUAAUUAUCAUUUAUAUAUAUCAAAAUUUUUUUUACAUUAAAAAUUUUUCUAUUAAAAAAAUUUUUGUUCACUCACGGAGGGUGGGUUUUUGGGCAAAAAAUAGCGAGUUUUCUAAUGGUUUUGUUCACUCACGGAGGGGGGGGGAGUCAGCAAAAGAGCCUAUUAGAAGAGGAAGCAAAAAGAAGAGGACGUUUUUAAAUGUGAUAUACGCUGAGCCGACAACUCCGUCAGACCAUCUCUAUGCGAUUACUCACUUAAUUGAUGAUAUUAAGACAAAUCAAGAAAUCUUGGAUGAGCUGGAAAAAAAUAAAGAAAGAGCUCUGGAGAAUCAAGAUUUUCCUGAGGAACAAAGCAAUAGUGUGAAUUCAAUGAUAGAGGAUAUAGCUAAAGCAUUAGAAGCAAGAUUAGAUAAAAUAAAUGAUAGAGAUCUCAAAGAAAGCCUAGAAAAAGCUAUAAGAACUGUAAAGGAAAGUAGCCAGGAAAAGGAAGAUAUGCCGAUUUUACGACUUUUGAAAUCUAUUACUUAUUGGAAAGAAAUUCAUCCUGUGCUCUUAGAAUUUGGUGAAAAAGUAUUAAACUAUGCAACAGCUCAACAAAAAGAUAAUAGCCAAAAUGUAUUCACCAGCGAAGAAGCUAAUGAGCUAUUAAUUUCACUAAAAACAUUGGCAAAUAGCUUAUCUGUGGUGUCAAAUGUUCCUACAGCAGUAAAUGAAGGUGAUUCUUAUAUCAUUAUUAAGUAAUUUAUAAUAGGAUUCGCUGAGGAUGAAUUUUUCCUUAAAGAGAACUUAUUCCGACAAAGCCAUUUUAUUAUUAUAGAUAAGGUGAUUCAGAUUUCAAUAAGUGCAAAACUCUCAUAAAAUCCUGCUAUGCAUCUCUGCAAAUUCUUUUGAGCACUGACGAAUUGCCAAUUGACUCAGCAAGCACCCAAACUUAUAUUGAAGAGUCCAAUGAUAUGCCGACUGUUAUUUCAAAAGCAACACUUUCUUUGAUCUUAAAAGAGCUUUACUUUAAUCAAGAGGAUACACCUUCUCUUGACAGUUUUUGGCCUAUUAAUAGCUUAAAUUCAUGGGACAAUGUCCUUCGGGAACUCAAAAAAGUGUCGGCUGAAAUAUGGAAAAUGGAAUGCCCAGUCAUGUAUAAAGAAUCAAGUGAAACUGAAGAUAUUCAGACAGAAGAAGAAAAUGAUCUUAAAAGGGCGACUGAACUAAUAGAGGAAAAGGAAACUACAAUAAAAUCCCAAAGCGAAACUAUUAAUAAAGGUGAAGAAAUUAUCGAAAAUAUUACCAAAGAGCUUGAUAGCCACAAAAAGAAUGAAGCAUUAUUGGCUGAAGAAAUUAUCGAGCUCAAAGCGUCUAUUUCUGAAAGAGAUAAGAGAAUACAGGAACUAGAGACCCUUCUUAAUUUGAAAGAAUCCCACGAAGAAGUAAAGCAAGAAAACGCAUAA